CUCGACUAUCGUAAGAUUCCUUUGGAAAAGAUUCUUUUAGUUUCAUUUACUAACGAUUGAUAACAACUUGAGGAGCCCUGAAGACAGUUGCAGGCGCUCUGCUUUCGGACGUUGUUUAGUAAGCAUGACCUUGGCAGCCACUUUCGUUUUUCUUGCUGUGGUACAAGGAAUUCAAGCUAACAAGCUUGGCAAGCCAUUCAGUAUUCUUGACGGUUUGAGGCCAGUCUUACCUAGCGAUGAUAAUAUCAGUCCACUAUUUUACCCAGUGACAAAGUCCACACUGUUGAAAAACGUACAACAUCAAACCACCCAGAGUGGCAGUACAUACUUCGAUGACUUUAUCCAGUUGACCUUCCAUCCUGAUGAAAAGGAUUUAACCAAACAAUUCUUCGCCAUUUGGCGUUUUGAGGAUGAGAUCCGUGACGCAGCAGCAUUCACCUAUCAACCGAGUUCAACUAACUUGGAUUCCUAUGCGCAACUUCUUGGGAUAACUCCUUGUAACAUGGUGGGAAAAUCUUAUGUUCUGGCACGCUAUUGGAAGAAAAUAAGUUCUACCAUUAUCACCAAUUCAGAAUUUUCAAACCUUGAGCCAACCUCCGUUUCCCCAGAUGCUACAAGUGACAACAUAACAGAUCUUUUUUCAAAAUACGGUACCCAUUACGUUUCAGGUUAUGAGAUGGGCGACUUUAUUUAUCAAGUAUUUGUGUACGACAAAGAAAUCGGUUCAAAGAAAGUCCGUCCAUUCUUUCCCUUCCAUGAUCCUUCUUUCAGCUUUGGUUCCAGAGGUUACUCUUUCCGACCGUUUACCCAGCCAAGAGAUGGAACAGUUGGAUAUUGUCUUGAGGCGGGAAAGAUUUUGGCAGCGAGCGGUGAUACUGCUUUGAAGGAUAUCCUACCGAAACUGAAGGACGACGUGUACAAAGUGAAGGAGAGUAUAAUUAUGUUUUUAGUAACAAAAGCUUACCAAGACACAGAAAAUCUAAAAAAGUUAAUCCCAAUGAGCCUUUCCUUCAAAGCAAUUGUUAACACACUCUUCAUGGCAGAAUCACCCUCUAAGUUGAAGUGGAACGAGAUACUAUCUUCGACGAUCUUCCAGAAAUUUGGGGCAGCCAGCUACCCAAACUUUCCUUUGCUUGUUGACCCUAAUGUUGCUAGUUUUUAUGGAAGUUUCAACCCUGACCUUGUAACAUCCACCGCUACUAACUUUGUCACCAUAAGCCAAAUGAAGUUUAUUCUGGAUGAGUUCGUUGUUUCAAACCCUAAGUUCGUCACGCAUUUAUUCAUCUUUGCCGAUGUCUUGCAAAUCAGUGAAACUGCCAAGCUGAUGCUUCCUGGCUCAAAAAAGAUUUAUCUUGUGUGUCGAGAAUUCUUAGCUUUAUCCUCUGGUAAUAAAGUACCAGAAAUAAUCGUUGGAUCCCAUAAAAAUUCUGAGCCCCUCGUUAAAAUAUUUGCCAAAACCUUUCGUGGAGUAUUGAAGCUGACCCAAUACAAGACUGACACACAUUACACUUACGCAAACGAUUACGUGUACAAGACUGUGGAAGACCCAAACGACCAAUUUACAGUCAAGGUCGACAAUACCAAGAAACUGGUCUACCCUGAUAGGAAAACUGCAGCGGAAUUGUACGACAGCAACGGAAAAUCACAUGACGCAAGGUGGGUCUACCAAAGCUUUGUGAACAGCUUAGAGCUAGCUGCGACCAGUGUACAAAGCAUUUUGGCCGCCCGUUCCUCGCCCAGUUUAAUGAACACAGCCGGGAAAUCAGCAGGCGAAAGUUUGAAUUGGAUAGCAGAGACCCUGUGGACAUCUUUACCCUUAUCCCCCGACCUUGAAAUGGUCCUUGGUCGUGUUUUACUUUUAAGUAAGACCCAGCUGACAGAGUACGCUAAGUCAAGACUCAUCGUCCCAAGGUUAACUUUCCUACAAUAUAAAGCGCUCUACAAUAAACUAUUGACAGCGGUUGCCAACUACGAAGCCACAUAUAGAACAGUCUCCACUGAAAUACAACGUCACAAACAGCUAGAGAAAAUAACCACUUCUUUGAAAGAACUCAACAAAAAUGUCAAAAGCACUGGUACUUUCUUGGUUGAAAAGGCUGAAGUGAACGCCAAGUACCAAGAUGACGUUGCCAAUACUCAGCAAGCUCUUCAUGACUUGGAGAAAGAUCAAAUCAGCCGUAAAGAAGCCGAGGCACAAAGGUUACUUCAGGAGAUCAUAAAAAUCCAAGACGAGGUGAAAAAUAAAGGAGACGCGUUGGUUAAAGCAGUUAAACAGUACCUAACAGAGCAAAUAAUCUCAACCAUUGUCAGCGUUGCUGAAGUCAUCGGGUCGUUGUUUACGGGAGGCGUCGGCCUGGCGAAUAUCGACAAGAAACUGACAGGGAUUGUCCGAAUUGCGGAAAAGAUAAAGAAUAUUGUCCAAAUUAUUGAGCAAGUUAAUAAGCUUUAUGCACUCGGCAGAGAUUUGAGGAAUGAUAUUGGUACGGUCAACCGAGCUUUAGAUAACAUUCCAAGUGUAUCGAUCAGUAAAGAUAGUUUCCCAACAAUGCAGGACUGGGAAGAUUUUGAAAAUGAUGUGGUGUCCUUUACAAGUACUUCAGGCUUUCUACCAGAACAGGUGGCCGGAGAGGCGUUGGAUUUUCAGCGUGAGGCAAAACGUUUAUCGUCAAGGGGCAAGAGCUACGUAAACAUUGCUGCAAACAUAGCCGAAAGAAAAUACAAACAAAUACAAAUCGAAAUGCAGCGAGAUCUCGCCAAGAGACAGAGCGCUCGUUUACGAACACUCAAGACCAUAUUGAAACAAACAGACCUCUCGGAUAACGAUGCCAAAACUACUGAUCUCUUUGAAAUUGGUAACAUUAUCAAGAUGAAAGAAAACCUAGUACGCUCACAGCUUAUCCAAACGUUUGUCACUAUGGACGCUGCUCUGGUAUACCAAUAUCUUCAAAACCCAACGCUGGUAACAAGCUAUGACACUAUGGCCAUUCAAGCGGCGGCCAUUCGUCACGUGCAAUCGUCUAUUUUAGCAUUAGAAAGCUUUCCCACUAGCCCUGUGAACCUAAAAGAGCCCAUAGAAUAUCCAGUUUCCGAUGUAGCCGUCAAAGCUUUGCUAUCUGAGGAAGGGUAUGCGAUUAGAAUUCCUUUGACCUCUCUUCCUUUUCUUGAGUAUGUGCGAGUCCGUGUUGUGAAAAUAGAAGUACAAGCAGACAAUAUCGCACAGUCCAAAGACGACACUGCAUAUAUUCAAGCUAUUGCCUUGGGUGAUUCCUUCGAAGACAGAGACCUUAACCGUAAUCCCAAGUCCUUUACAUCCACACCCACUGAAUAUCGUUUUGUCUAUAACAUUAAAACGGGAACAUCAGUGGUGGAAGUCAAUCCAUCUCCAGACUUCGCUGACAAGUUUAUAAAAAUGACUCCUUUUGACACUUGGAUAUUCCGUUUUCCAAAAGCUUCCACUAACGAAGGAAUCCAGUUCUCGACAGCGCUUACCACUCUCAGGAUCAAAUUCUUCGUGAACGUCAUCUUCCACCCCCCAAAAUCGACCAACAGUGACCAACUGUUCCGAAGUCACAUUUCCGACGACGUGUUAGGUAGCAAAGCAAAGCUUCUCCAAGAUCUGAGCGGUCGCUCAUUGGUGCGUGAGUGGGAUGCCGUUAUGGCAGUGAGCGCUGCGCGCGUGAAUCAGCUCUGGAAGAAUAAGUACGACAGUAACACCGAGGCUGGAUUCGUCAAGGAAAUAGUAACCGAAAGAUCUCUGGUCCAAGAAACCAGACGAUUCAAACUCGAAGCUAGAAUCAUAAUGCAUGUUGGGCCACCCAUAAUUCAGUUUAUUAGAAACAACCAAAACAGGGCAACUCUGAAAAUCCAAAUAAAAAAGGCGACCUUGGAGUACUGGGACAUAAGUAAAAGAGGAAAUGACGUGGAUCAUUACAACGAAACUGCAGAAGUUACAGACAAAACUGAGAUCACUGGCACCAUGAACUUACUUAAACUGGAAGGAUCGCUAACAAAAGGGAGAGUGGUACUUGAUCUAAGUGAUGGAGUAUUCGAUGUCAUACAGUUACCUUUGAGUGACACCCUGAAAGCAAACAUCAAAACCCAAAUUGAGGUAUACUUUAACACCAAGUUAAAAUCAGAUAAUUACGAAUUGGCUCGAAUCACUUUCGAAGAAAAGCUCACACCAGCCGGUCUUGUGCCAGACAAGUUCUACCUUGCAACGGGUGGAUUCGAAACUGCCAGUUCCGGCUACGGGACAUUGUAUAUCUUCUUUAAAACACGUUCGGCUAAAUCGACCGUAACAGACCAAACCAAAAAAGACUUUAACGAUCCGCUUUCAAUUGACAAGAAAGUUAUCCCCAAUGAAUUUGAAGUUGCCUUGUUCAUCAGUAAUAGAGUGAUCUUCGACGAUAUCAUAAGAGAAGACAUUGGAAGGAAAUUCAAGUUUGGUGCCCACACAGAAGUUCUUCCUGGCCAAUCAGUAUCACCCAGCCAGCAAGCCGUGUACGUAAAGGGAGAUGAUGGUGCCUCCCACAGUAUCUAUAUGGCCCUAAAAUUUGAUAGAUAUCCAGGGACAUACCCUUUUACCUUCGUUAUGCCAGGAAACACCCUCACAGUUAAACCUUUAAACAAUGGCCAAAAACUUCAAGUGCACUGGGUCAACAACAACUUGGAGUUAACCAUCCCAUAUGUCACUACCUCUUGCGGGAGACUCUUUUGUCAUGACUCGACUCAAUACAAGUCAGUUAGCUUCAGCACCAAAUACGUGAGAAACUUCCAAGCCUCCAUUGACAGCGACUUGACGAUAUCGUACAAAGACGAGUCUGGAUCUGUAUCCGCAAGUAGUGUACAUCAUUGGACUGAUUUUUUCAAGGCCCACACUUACAAAACUGCGAGAGACACGAUCACCAGCAAUGUGAACAAUUACUUGUCAGGCUUGCAGUUCAACUUUCGAAGCAUAUCUGCAUUUGCGCUCACUCAGGUUCUCUUCCCAAACCAGAAAGUGUUUGUCUUGACCGAGGUCUACAUACCAGGCGACAUGGUUAUCCUUGGCACUGUUAACACCAAUCCCACGACAGCCGCCAAGUGAUAAACAAGCUGGAAUCUAAAAUUACAAGCGAAAAGAAGUUUGUUUGCUAGAGUUUUCAGUUCCAAUACCAAAGAUGCAAACUUAAAUUAAUGUCAUAAUAAAGGUGUUAAAUUAACUGAUCUGA